AAGAUCUGCAGACUGAUCACGCGCUCUAUAAUCGAUCUACAGCUCUGUCGGAUGUUACUGUAACGGAUUCAUUGAUCAAUAGCUGUUUUAACCUGAAGAUGAAACCCGCGCGAGUCUCCGCUUGUUAAACAACGUCAAUCAGCUGAUCAGUCGAUGUAGACUAUCGAUCCGACUGUUUAAACUGUUACAACAGAACGGAACCGGUUCCGGUUGGGUCUCAGUUCUUUACGAAGACUUCCGGUCAGUCCGCAACACACCGCGGAUGAGAUCAUAAAGAGAAACACGCAAAGGAAACAUUUGUUUCUAAACACAUUCUGAAUGUUAGAGAUGUGUUGCUUAAAACAAGUUACAAAGCCUGUUGACUGUGUAGUUCUGAAGUGUGAAAAGAUUAUUUUUUAAAAUUAUAUUAAAAUUACACCUGUUGUUUAUCAGCACUGCGCGUGCGUCUGAUGACAGAACCGUUUUCAACAACAAACACUUCUCUUCAUUAAACUACUGACGUGACGUGACGUGACGUGUUCAUUUUUACUGUGAAGACAAAUGUCUCUGUGCUGGGAACAUGUGACGUCACUCAGGUCAGUCAGGUGACAUCACAGUGACCUCAGCAAACAGGAAGUGCUCUGCUGUCACAGGAAGUGCCCGAAAGAUCAAAGACAAUGCAGCCGACUGGCACAACCUGAUGAUGAGGUGGGAAAAACUCAACGAGGAUGGAUUCGACGUGGCAGGAAACAUCGUCAACAUCAGACUUACUCGUUCUCAGAGCGAUCAGCUGCUGCUGGUGGGCGAAUCUUCAUCACCUUCAUCGUCUUCAUCAGCUCCGUCGCAGCAGACAGGUGGAGCUGCGGAGCUGCAGGAUGAAUGCUGCAAACUGCAGUACAUCAUUGACAAAAUGGCCGUCGUGGUGGCGAAGAUGGAGCGCCUGAUGAUGUCACAGCACGGCGUCCGGGAUCUGGAGGAGUUUCAGUUCGGACCUGAAGGAAGAAAGUUUCCUCUGUUUCACGGCUGGAACACCAAACACUUCGAGGAGUCGUCUGGUGUCCUGUGGCAGUCCUUCAGUCAGGAGCUGAAGUUGAAGCAGUCGAUCCUGCAGGAACUCGCCCACACUGCUACCUCUGACCUCUGCAUGGUCUACCUGUCCUGUUGGCUGAACCAGCCCUUCAUCCCCCCCCAGACCAGACUGACCCUGGAGGCUCUGCUGCUGGAGACCGGACACCGCGCACUCUGAUGUCACCUGUCCUCCAGAGUUAUGUGAUCAAUGUCAGGGUCAUCUCUGAGAGCCCAGCAGUUAGCCUAGCUUAGCUCAGAGACUGGAGGCAGGGGGAAACUGUUAGCCUAGCUGGUUUAUUGAGCAGGUGGAGAAACAGAACUGCAAAAUGGAGACGUAGUGUUUUUAGCAGAAGGUGGAUCUACUUCCUGAGGCUGCAGGUGAACUCAGGGAAUCAGCUGAUGGACUUUAACUCUAAUAUGUCUCUUUUCUCUCUGUUAUCUUUAGUCUCCAGGUCUGUUUCUGUCAGAGCAGCUCGAGUCUCUGAAGCCUGAAAUUCAACGUGAAUCUUUAUAAAUGUCUAUAUUUAAUAACUGACAUAAAAUAAAUAACGUAUUUCAUUUGUUGCUGACUGUCAGUAACAGUAAAACUA